ACAGGGGCCGCGGCCACUGAGCUGGCUAUAAUCCCGCCUCCCGCCAGCCAUGGCCCAUUUGCGCUCGCCUAGCAGCUUCGGACAUCCGGGGAAGAAGAACCAGAAGGAGUCUGAGGAGUUAGAAGAGGAGGAGGAAGAGAUGGAGGAGGAGGAGGAGGAAGAGGUGGAGGAGGAGGAAGAGGAGGUGGAGGAGGAGUUUGUGGGGGAAGAGCAGGAGUUGGAGGCCCCUGAGAAGUUCAGCGAUGAGUACCUCUGGAAGGUCAUGGACAGCGGUGACUACGACUACGACUUCCCAGACGUGCGCCCCCGCUUAGCCAGCAUCGUCAGCCCUAGCCUGAGCUCUACGAGCAUGCCCAGCCAGAGCGCGACCAGCACCGAAAUGCCGAGCGUCAGCCCACCCUACAGUGCCUCCUCGCAUAAAAGUUUCCCUAAAAUAUUUCAGACAUUUAGGAAAGACAUGUCCGAAAUGAGUAUAGAUAGAAAUAUUCAUCAUAAUUUGUCUCCAGGAAUUCCAAUAUCAGUACAAACAGAAGAAAGCUGGCUCCAAGAUUUGUUGGAUAAAGUGCAAUCAAGGAAGAAAACAGCCUCUAAAGUGAAGAAAGCUGAACCUGAAUGUCUGGCAUCUAAGUUAAGAGAAAAAUGGGUAAUUAAUCCAGAAGAGCCAAAACUAAAUAUUUUAUAUGAGCUGGAGUUUAAGGAAGAUUUCAUAACACUAUUCGAGCCUUCUCUAAGAACGUUACCCAGCGUUGGACCACCAACCAUUCUGGCAUACAAAGAAGAGAGCUCCAAUUUAGACAUUAAUUUCAAGGAUGAAGAGGAGGAGGCAUCACCAAAAUGUGAAUUUUGUGGAAGCGAUCUAAGAGCAUUUUUUUCUAAUGUGGAUGUUUGCUCUGAAUCAAAGGGGCAUGCCUCCUGCUGUAUUGCUUUCCAAAAUCUGAUUGAUUAUAUCUAUGAGGAACAAAUAAAAAUCAAAUCCCCUAAAGCUGAAUUAAUUGCUAUUGACCCUCAUGCAGCCCAUUACAGUGAGGUCGACAGACUCAAGGCAAAAGAAAAAGCCCUGCAAAGGAAACAGGAGCAACGAAUGGCCAGACAUUUUGCUAUAAUAUCAAGGGAACAGACUCAUUUCUCUGAAGAUGAUUCAAAGCGCUUAAAAACAAUUUCUUAUCAACUUUCUGUGGAUAUUCCAGAAAAACAGACAAUUGAUGACAUUGUAUUUGAUUUUCAACUGAGAAACAGUAAUAUGUCCAUCAUUUGUUGUGAUUCUCGGAUAGCAUGUGGAAAGGUUGUCAGGAAUGAGCUCUUGGAGAAGCAUUACAAACAUGGGAGCAAGUUUCUAACUUCAUUUCCAGAUGGGACAACACAAAUAUUCUAUCCAUCUGGAAACCUAGCCAUCAUUCGAGUGCCCAACAAGGUAAAUGGUUUCACUUGUAUAGUCCAAGAAGAUAUGCCCACUAACCCUGCUAUCCUGGCAGUGCUGGAUUCCUCUGGCAGAAGUUCCUGCUAUCAUCCCAAUGGAAAUGUCUGGGUAUACAUCAAUAUAUUGGGAGGUCAAUAUUCAGAUCAAGCCGGCAACAGAAUAAGGGCUUGGAAUUGGUCAAAUUCCAUCACUUCCUCACCCUUUGUUUCAUUUAAACCUGUCUUUCUGGCUUUGAACCGUUAUAUUGGAAUCCGCAUCUUAGAACAAGACAAGAUUUCUAUAACUUUUCUAGCAAUGGGUCAACAGGCAAGAAUCAGUGUUGGAACCAAAGUGAAGCUACCAAACCCUGAGGAGAUUCCAGUCCUCCGAUACAUGAGUGGAGACGACCUUCUUCUGCUGGCCAGUUUAAUAAAGAUCCGUCGCCUGUUUCAUAAACUUGAAGGAUGUGUGAAUUUUCCCUCAAGCCAGGUUUGGGAAAAAUUAAAGCAACCUUCCUACCUUUCUUCACUUGCUCUAAAACUAAUUGCCCUCUGUCACAGUUCUGGUAUAAAGCAAGAUACAAUGAAGACAAUAAGAAAUAUAAUAAAUGAAGAAAUUUAACUAAGAAUGAUGGUGCUUUCAUUUGUUUUGUUGAGGUUUUUUUGGUUGAGGUUUAUUCGGGAGUGUGAUGGCUAAUAUCAAUCAAGGGUCAGCUUGAUUGGAUUGAAGGAUGCAAAGUAUUGUUCCUGGGUGUGUCUGUGUGGGUGUUGCCAAAGGAGAUUAACAUUUGCGUCAGUGGACUGAGAGAGGCAGACCCGCCCUCAAUCUGUGUGGGCACCAUCUAAUCAGCUGCCAGCACAGCUAGGAUAAAGCAGGCAGAAGAAGGUGGAACGAGCAGAUUUGCCAAGUCUUCCAGCUUUCAGCUUUCUCCUGUUCUGGAUGCUUCUGACCUUGAACAUCAGACUCCAAGUUCCUCAGCUUUUGGACUCUUGGACUUACACCAGUGGUUUGCCAGGGGCUCUUGGGCCUUUGGCCACAGACUGAAGGCUGCACUGUUGGCUUCCCUACUUUUGAGAUUUGGGGAGUCAGACUCUCUUCCUUGCUCCUCAGCUUGCAGAAGGCCUAGUUUGGAACUUCACCUUGUGAUGGUGUAAGUCAAUACUCUUUAAUAAACUCACCUUCAUAUAUA